GUUGUGCCUAUCGCGGCAAAGCCAUAGUUGAAAAUCAUAACAAUAUUAGUGUUAAGAAUGAAAUGAAACAUUUUACCAUAACGUAACCUUUACAAUGCUACUGAUUGCUCGCAAUUUUUAAAUUAUUAAAACAUCUGACACUAAACAGGAUUGGGGGAUACUGCAUUAAAAGGUUUAAUCUUAAUUCAGUCUUUAACGUUAAGUUACUUCCUUUGGCUGGUCUGAAUCUUCAGCCAGUAUGAGUCGUCAAUGUAAAAAUUGUGGUGGAUCAGACAUUGACACUGACCCAGCCCGGGGAAGUGCUGUCUGCACGGCCUGUGGUUCAGUUUUGGAGGAUAAUAUAAUUGUUUCUGAAGUCCAGUUUGUGGAAAACAGCGGAGGGGUAUCUUCAGCUGUCGGCCAGUUCGUGUCUGCAGAUGGUACCUCUAAAACUCCAGUCCUAAGCACCGGGUUUCACACAAGUCUGGGAAAAGAAUCACGGGCACAGACACUCCAGAAUGGGAAACGACAGAUACACAACCUCGGCAGCCAGCUGCAGCUAAACCAGCACUGCUUGGACACAGCCUUUAAUUUCUUUAAGAUGGUGGUGAGCAAGCACUUGACACGAGGGCGCAAGAUGACACACGUGAUUGCCGCCUGCCUCUACCUGGUCUGCAGGACAGAGGGAACGCCACACAUGCUUUUGGACUUGAGUGAUCUUUUACAGGUGAAUGUGUACAUUCUGGGAAAGACCUUCCUGUUUUUGGCUAGAGAGCUCUGUAUCAAUGCUCCUGCCGUUGAUCCAUGUCUGUAUAUUCCACGAUUCGCCCACAUGUUGGAGUUUGGUGAAAAGACUCAUGAGGUUUCAAUGACUGCUCUCAGACUGCUACAGAGGAUGAAACGGGACUGGAUGCACACCGGUCGACGGCCAUCAGGCUUGUGUGGGGCAGCUCUGCUGGUGGCAGCUCGCAUGCAUGAUUUCCGUCGCACGGUGAAAGAGGUGAUAUCUGUCGUCAAAGUGUGUGAGGCCACGCUUAGGAAAAGGCUGACAGAGUUUGAGGAGACCCCCACUAGUAACCUGACUAUUGAUGAGUUCAUGCGGGUGGACCUGGAUGAGGAGUGUGAUCCUCCAUCAUUUGUCGCCGGAAAGAAAAAACUCAAGAUGCAGCAGCUGGAGCAAGAGUUGGCCAAGAAACUUGAGGAGUAUCAAGGACAGAUCAACUCAUACCGGGAUGAGAUUGAGACACAGCUGGCAAUGAACAGCAGAACCAAACUGAGAGGGAUUUAUGCCUCCUACGCAAGAGAAGAUGACUGUGUUUCUCUGGCCUCCGAGCUGGCCGGGGAUGAAGACCCAGAGGAUGAAGAACUGGAGGCUGCAGCCGAACACCUCAACCAGGAGUUUAUUAGUCAGGUGUUGCCUGAGCUAAAGCAAGGCCAACAGGGCGAGACAGAGGCGCAGGAGGGGAGUAAGGAAACAGAGCAGCUCUCCGGCCGUUCCCCUCAUGUACCCCUGAAGGUCCUCCUUGGCCCUUUGCCCAGUGCAGCAAGUCUGGGUCUAACAGAUACUAUACGUGAAUGCAUUACAGAGGACACAGCAAAUGAUGAUAAAUCAGACAACGGAGAACUAGAUCUGGAUGGGAUUGAUGAAGAUGAGAUUGAAAAGUACAUUUUGAACGAGAUUGAGGUGGAGGCGAAAACAGAGCUGUGGAUGAAACAGAAUGAGGAGUAUUUGAAGGAACAGAAAGAAAAAGAGGAGAGAAUAGCUAAAGAAAAAGAGCAAGGGACUUAUAAGGAGAAGCCAAAGAAGCCUUCCAAAAAGAAAGAACCAAUCCUGGCCAGCACUGCAGGAGAGGCCAUAGAGAAGAUGUUGGAGCAGAAGAAGAUCUCCAGUAAGAUUAAUUACGACGUUCUGCGAGACCUCAACAGCAAGGGUGGAGAAAACACCACCACUCAACAAGCCGAAGAUCCAGCCGCCAGCAGCUCCGGACGCAAGAAGUUGACGCGCCGCAAGAAGCAGCCGAACAAGAGCAAUCUCGGCCUGGCUAAACCCGCCAGCCUCAUGGGCAAAAGGCUCCGCCCCUUGAUUUCAUCUGUUCCCAAGAAGAAGAGGACAGAAGCUAAACCGGUCUCCCCCAGCAUCACCACCAUGUUGCCUCCUGCAGCCCCAGAGCCCCCAGUUGCCCCCACUCCUCCCCCUGUGGUGGAAAGUGGCCCUGUGGCAUACGAGGAGCCCGCAGAGGAAGAGGAGGAGAUUGAAGAAGAGCCAGAGGAGACUUGUGUUAGCGCCAUGCAGCUGAUAGGUGGAAAUGACUAUGGCUGUGAAGCUGAAGAAGAAGAAGUAUUCUAGUGUGCAAGCGGCAUUUUCUUCAAUGAAAUGUGUAGAGGAAAGGAACAAGAAUUUGAGGCACAUGUGACAGAGCUGCAGUAUGUAGGACACUUAAAAGGUCACCCGUCCUCAUCAUUCAUUAUGUGACAGCCUCAACUGCAGUAUCUUCAUAAUGAGUGAGUCGGUAUGUAAAAAGGUGGACUGGCAGCUUAAGACUGA